AUGAAGUGGACAAGUGCAGCCCUCGCCACAUUCUCGGCAUCACAUCUCGUACACGCUUCGCCACAGCCACACAAGUCGUUCUUCUACGCUGGCCAUGAUCUCUCCUCAUUGAAGAUCCUCGAAGAUGGCGGUGCGACGUAUAAAGAUACAGCCAAGGGCAAUGCUACGCGACAAGCCGAAGAUAUUCUCGGCGAUGGCGGCAUGAAUACUGUACGCUUGCGCCUCUGGGUUAAUCCCACUACGUAUGAUCUAGACUAUAUCACGACAGUUGCGAAGAGAUUUCAUGAGAAGGGAUAUAAGAUCUAUUUGGAUUAUCAUUUCUCGGAUUACUGGGCGGAUCCUCAAAAGCAAUGGCAACCUACGGCAUGGCCCACAACUCUUCAGCCCCUCGCCUCCACUCUCCGCAAAUACGUCUCCGACACCCUCCAACACCUUCACAAAGCAAAUGUCGACACCGCAAUCGUCAGUCUCGGCAACGAAAUCCGGCACGGCAUGCUUUGGCCCCUCGGCCGCGUGAACGUCGAUGUCGAGCCCGAGUCCGCUCGUAUCGCCAACUUCACGGGUAUGGCCACGCUCUACGCUGCAGCGCGAUCUGGCGUCAAGGAUGCAGUUCACGCCGGGGUCCCAAAGCCUUUGACCAUGAUCCAUAUCGACAAUGGCUGGAACUUGACUCUGCAGAAGCGGUGGUUCUCGGCUUUGACCGCUACGGGCAAAGUCAAGACUUCGGAUUGGGAUGUUUUCGGUUUUAGCAUUUAUCCAUUCUAUGGCACGAAUGCUACUCUGGAUAAUCUGAAGACUAGUCUCAACUGGGUGGCGAACCAGUACUGCAAGCCCAUCCAUGUCGUUGAAACGGACUGGCCGGCGAUUUGUACCGGAGCUGAUGCUCCAGAGUUGAGUGAGCCGAGUAUUCCUGCUUCGGUUGCCGGGCAGCUCGAGUGGGUUGGAAAGGUGAUCGACGUGGUGAAGCAACUUCCGCGCGGCCUCGGGCAAGGGAUCAAUUACUGGGAGCCCGCGUGGCUGAAUAAUACAGGGCUGGGAAGCUCAUGUCAGGAUGCCAUCUUGUUCGAUUCCGAUUGGAGUCAGUACCCGAAUGUCACUGCUUAUAGCAGGAAGAGCGUGAAUAUGUUCAGGGGGGCUGCAGAAUCACUACUAGAGAGCGUCUAUAAGGAGUGA